AUGUCUGGCAAGACCGUCAUCGUUGCUGGCCUGGCCCUGCUGGCCGGCGCCGUGGCUUCCCCCGGCAGCUUCCGCGGCGGCCGCGAGGCCCGUGAGGCCCGCGCAGUGGCGUUGGAGGAGAUCCAGUCCAGCUUGCAGGAGGCCCUUGAGGCCGUGCUAAGCUUGGACGGCGGCAAGCGCAGCGCCCGCAUCGAGGCGCGCGUGUGGCAGACCUUCCAGGCACUGCCCAAGAACGACGUGGGCCGCCUGGCGCCCCGCGCCGUGCGCUACCUGGUGCACAGCUACUUCAUGAAGGAGCACGGCUGGCUGAUCCAAGGCCUGGACCCACACGCCAACCAGGCGGAGGUCUCCGAGGUCCAUGAGGUCAGCAUCUUGCAAGACAAGGCGCCCGCAUUGGUCGAGUCCUUGCUGGAAGCCCGGCGCUCCAACCAUGGCCUCGCCCUCAACGACGUGGUGGCCAUGAUCGGAGCCCUGGAGCGCUUGAUCUUCGACGAGUCCCUCGCGCUCUUGCAGGCCUCCUACACCUUCAACGGCUUCAGCACCUCCGACGCCAUCGCCCAGCGCUCCGCCCACGACGUGCUUACCUCCUACCUGCUCCUCUUCCAGCUGGGUAGCAAGGCAAACCUAACCGACGCGCGGCUCCACCAAGCUUUGAAGAGCCGGCUGUCUCAACGGGAGGACGGCGGUUUAAACCCGGCCUGGGCCCUUCAAAUAUUGGUUUAG